UUCAUCUAUGUAAUCAAGACUUAGUCGUGUUAGUCAUGAAUGAGAAACGCUAAAAAAAAAUUCUGUCUGUUACAUACGUAGGAUUAUUUUAAACUAAAAGUGGAAUUGGAAAAGCCGAAAGCAAGGUGUGAGGCUGUGGGAGAUUUCCAAUGUGGGGUCAGCAAGUUCAGAGGUUAGGUGACCUUACAGAGGAGCUUCUACCAUGACAAGAUCAGGUGCCUUCAAACUCAGCAUCCUCUUCUUUAUCACCUUCAUCCUGUGUCUACCAGAGUUUUUUCCAAAAACAUCACAAAUUGAGUUUCUCUGUGAGCCCUUUGACCCAUGCACACCUGAGAAUGAUGCACAGCUGUGUGCUCCAUAUGACCCUCCAUGUGUGACAGAAAUGAUAAAUGCCAGCAGUCAGCACACACACUCUGAAGGCUGGUAUCUGUGUACGACUGAAAUGGAUCUGCAGCUUUUCCAGAACAAUACCUCACAGUCAGAAGAUCAUGUGAUGGUGCUACUGACGAUGAAGGCAGGCAAUCUCUCUGGAUGGAACAUUAGUGAUUUUGUGUUUCUCAACAACACUGAUCUAUACACUGCUGGAGCCCAAAACGACCAGAGACUGUUUUAUUGCUACCUCCCACCAGACAGCAGCAAAUGUCCAGAUCUGAACAUAUCCAUGCAAGAAAAAAACACCAGCCCUCCAAUACAAGACACCUCCAUUUUAAAUAACACUUCUUCUGCGAACCCAACUGCCUUUUCACUCAAAACAACUACAGCGUCUUUCCAAGCAACAGCUAAUACAGAUGAGCUGAGGUGUCAACCAACCAGCAGCAGUUUCCUCUUUUACUACCAGGAGAACAAUGAAACAGCCAGAUCUGCCGCAUUACCAGUGACCCAAACGAGAAAGGACGGCCGGUGGUGUGUGAUUACUUCGGUGUGGUUGGCUCUGGUACUGACUGUGAUUGUUGUAACCCUAUUGAGUGUGGGCAACCUGAUCUUUAAGAGCAGGAAACGACAGUCCCGUUCAGUUGCAUCUGUGCGUGUUUUAGCCCGUGGACGUCAGCUCAAAGAGCUCAGUAAACAAAAAGAAAACUUAAUGAGGGAUGUCCCUGCUGUGUCCAUAGCAAUGUGCAGUUUAAGUGAUGGUGAUGUAUUCUCUGAGAAAUCUUCAAUGGGGAACAGAACAGAAGAAAACCUUCUGAAGGUAGCUGACCUCACAUACAAGAGAAGUUUGUCGCCAAUCCAUGAGAUCACAGAGACCUCACUAUAUGAAGAAGAGCAAAAUGAAGAUGAGAAAGAGUUAAAAAAAGCACAAAAAUCACAGGACCACUGUAAACCACCAACUUACCUGCAUCAUCGAAGCAACUAUUCAUGUUCUGCUCAUGAAGAAGAAAGAGAGGCACUUCCUUAAACAGACAAUCGAUUUGUUUACAGUACGACAGAGGCCAGAUAACUUCAUCAUGCUUUCUCCAUAGAUAAACAUCAGGUUAAAGUGUCUGCACGAGAUGUUAGACAAGUAUAAUGUUUUACAACCCCAUCGUCUGGACCAACCAUAGUGACAAGCAAUAUACACUGCUCCAGAAAAUUAUCAAAAAUUAUCAAAUUAAAAUAAUUUUAAAAUAAUUAAAAUUAUCAAAUUAUCAAAGUCAGGAAUUAUAAGGAGAGAGCAGUUGCCUGAAAAAGCAUUAUCCAGUGCACCUGUUGACACUUUCAUUUGCACCAAAGCAUGUGAAACUGAUUCAUAAUCACUUAUGCUUCCUAUUUAUGCUUCCCAUAAUCACUUAUUCUGGAAAGAUACCUCAGGUUUAAACAUUUUGCACAAACCAAACUAUAUAUAAAUUAAUCUUCUGUGCACUCAUUUACCAGCUUUCGUUUUAUGCUCUGCUCAGCAUUUUUGACAGGCAGAGACUAAGAGUGCCUCUCUUAGUUAUCUUAACUACAGGAAUAUGCAUCACAAUAUAGUGUUGUGUCACACACAGUCUCAACAAAAUAUGUUUGCCCAAUGCUGAAAAAAUAAUUAAAGGGAAGAUUUCUGACUAGGCUGAAAACAUAAACCAUAGUGCAUGGUUCUCCAAAAUCCAUUUAGCAAGCAGCAUGGCAACACUAAUGUGAUUUCAUAAUUAUACAACCCCAGUCUUAAACUCUUGUGGCUAUUAAAGUAAUACUCAUGUUUCCAUAAUGCACUUUUCAUCUUCACAUCAACUUAAAAUGUACAGAGAUUUGUAACUGGUACUGAGAACAGAUGCUAGAAUAAAAACACACAGUACUGAGAAUUUCAGUCUUUAGUUUCCUAUUACUUACAUUACAGAUUAUGUUCUCGGUUCAUUUUAUUCCAUACAAAAACUGGUAAUAGUGUAUGAGUGAUGGAUUAAUUUAAGUGAAUGGCAGUGGCAGACCUCCAAAUCUUCUCAGACAAUACAACACAUGAUUAAUAAUCUUAAUUAUAUUGUAAAGUAACUUUAAAAAAAGAAAACAUGAUACAUAAGCAGCUUCCUAAAUAAGUUAGGAGUUUCAGUCUUAUUUUCCUAAUUAUCUUCUUGUAAGAGUCUAUAUAUAGACUAGAAUUGCACUUUUUGGUGUAAGCUCUCGUAUUGAAGCAACAUAUCUAAAUACAAAACACAGUUAAAGA